AUCCAGAAGUGUCCGCACUCCCGGAGCUGGGCGGAGCGGGGCGCAGCUCACGUGGUUCGGGCAGGAGGCGCCGGGACCUGGCCAGCUGCCCGCCUGCCCCGAGAUCCAGGCGCGAGCCAGCCGCUCUGCGCCCCGCGCCCUGCUUGCCCCCAUUAUCCAGCCUUGCCCCGGCGCCCUGACCUGACGCCCUGGCCUGACGCCCUGCUUCGUCACCCUCCUUUCUCUCCCAGGUGCUGGACCAGGGACUGAGCGUCCCCCGGAGAGGGUCCGGUGUGACCCUGACAAGAAGCAGAAAUGGGGAAGAAACUGGAUCUUUCCAAGCUCACUGAUGAAGAGGCCCAGCACAUCUUGGAAGUUGUUCAACGAGAUUUUGACCUCCGAAGGAAAGAAGAGGAACGACUAGAGGGGUUGAAGGGCAAGAUUAAGAAGGAAAGCUCCAAGAGGGAGCUGCUUUCCGACACUGCCCAUCUGAACGAGACCCACUGCACCCAGUGCCUGCAGCCCUACCGGCUGCUUGUGAAUAGCAAAAGACAGUGCCUGGAAUGUGGCCGCUUCACCUGCAAAAGCUGUGGCCGCGUCCACCCCGAGGAGCAGGGCUGGAUCUGUGACCCCUGCCAUCUGGCCAGAGUCGUGAAGAUCGGCUCACUGGAGUGGUACUACGAGCACGUGAAAGCCCGCUUCAAGAGGUUCGGAAGUGCCAAAGUGAUCCGGUCCCUCCAUGGGCGGCUGCAGGGUGGAGCUGGGCCUGAGUCAGUCUCUGAAGAGAGAAGUGGAGACAGCGAGCAGACAGAUGAGGAAGGAGAACUGGACUCAGAGGCCCAGGCCCAGGCCCAGCCCUUUGGCAACAAAAAAAAGCGCCUCCUCUCCAUCCAAGACUUCGACUUCGAGGGAGACUCAGAUGACUCCGCUCAGCCUCAAGAUCACUCCCUGCACCUGUCCUCAGUCCUUGAGGCCAGGGACAGCCUGCAGUCCCUCACAGAUGAGUCCUGCUCGGAGAAGGCAGCCCCCCAGAAGGCUGAGGGCCUGGACGGGGCUGACACUGGGGCCUCUGGGUGCCAGCGCCAUAUAGAAGAGGAGCCGAUGAGCGUCUCGCCUUCUGGACACGGCGCCCUCGCUGAGCUCUGCCCGCCUGGAGGCUCCCACAGUAUGGCCCUGGGGGCCGCUGCUGCACUCAGGUCAAAUGUCAUCAGGAAUGAGCAGCUGCCCCUGCAGUACUUGGCCGAUGUGGACACCUCUGAUGAGGAAAGCAUCCGGGCUCACGUGAUGGCCUCCCAUCAUUCCAAGCGGAGAGGCCGGGCAUCCUCUGAGAGUCAGAUCUUUGAGCUGAAUAAGCGUAUUUCAGCUGUGGAACGCCUGCUGACCUACCUGGAGAACACAGUUUUGCCUCCCUUGGCCAAGGGUCUAGGUGCUGGAGUGCGCACGGAGGCUGAUGUAGAGGAGGAGACCCUGAGGAAGAAGCUGGAGGAGCUGACCAGCAACGUCAGUGACCAGGGGACCUCGUCUGAGGAGGAGGAGGCCAAGGAUGAAAAGGCAGAGCCUGACAGGGGCAAAUCAGUUGGGGCUGUCCCCCAGGCGGACCCAGAGGUGAGCAUGGCUGCCCAUCAAACCAACAGACAGGAAAAGAGCUCCCAGGGCCCUGGGGACCCCGUCCAGCACAGCAGGACCACAGAUGAGGAGCUGUCGGAGCUGGAGGACAGAGUGGCAGUGACGGCCUCAGAAGUCCAGCAGGCAGAGAGCGAGGUUUCAGACAUCGAAUCCAGGAUUGCAGCCCUGAGGGCCGCGGGGCUCACGGUGAAGCCUUCGGGAAAGCCUCGAAGGAAGNNNNUCCUCUAGAUAUUUCUCCCUCGAGUGGCUGGGAAACUUGGCAAGAGACCAGAGGACCCAAAUGCAGACCCUUCAAGUGAGGCCAAGGCAAUGGCUGCGCCCUAUCUUCUGAGAAGAAAGUUCAGUAAUUCCCUGAAAAAUCAAGGCAAAGAUGAUGAUUCUUUUGAUCGGAAAUCAGUGUACCGAGGCUCGCUGACACAGAGAAACCCCAACGGGAGGAAAGGAAUGGCCAGCCACACCUUCGCGAAACCUGUGGUGGCCCACCAGCCCUAACAGGGGACAGGACAGAGCAACAGAGCAGCCCUGCACUCUUUUCCCUCCACCACGGCCAUCCUGUCCCUCAUUGGCUCUGCGCUUACCACUGUACACAGUCACCAUCCCAGUGAGAAACAAGGAGCACCCUCCACGCGGACUCCCCCUGCAAGAGGACAGCGACAUUCAGUCCUGCACUGCUCAUUUGGGUUUACUGAUGACUCCUGGCCACCCCACCAGCCCCUCUCAUCUGUGAGAAACAGCUAAGCUGCUGUGACGUCCCUUUAGGACAAUGUUGUGUUAACCUUUGAAGGACACACAGAAGACCUUUAUACUGUGAUCUUGUACCCCUUUCACUCUUGGCUUUCUUAUGUUGCUUUCAUGAAUGAAAUGGAAAAAAAAGAUGACUCAGUUAAGGCACCAA